CGUGCAUCCGAUCGACGCCAUGUCUUUUUCAUUCAGCAUUUUGCAUCUGAAAGUCUCUGCACGUGUUGAGGAAAGUAGCUCGUUUCCUUGACCCAAAAAUCCUGUAUUGUGACAUUUGCUACGUUUUUGACAGCCACAGAUUACUACCUAAAGAUGUCGCACGGGAGCGGCGGUGGCGGGCCUCCAGAAAUAGAGGGAAUGACGUCCCUGAAAGUGGACAAUCUGACUUACCGCACAAAGCCCGAGGACCUGCACAAAGUCUUCUCGAAAUAUGGCGACGUGGGGGACGUGUACAUCCCGCGCGAUCGCUACACCAAGGAAAGCCGGGGCUUCGCGUUCGUCCGAUUCUUCGACAAGCGAGACGCUGAAGAUGCGAUGGACUACAUGGACGGAGCCGCCAUGGACGGGAGGGAGUUGAGGGUGCAAAUGGCGCGAUAUGGCCGGCCGUCUACGGACUACAACCGACGGCCACGCCGUUAUGACCGCGGUGGAGGGGGCAGGAGUGGUGGAUGGGACCGGCGCAGAAGGGAUUCCAGGUCGCGUUCUCGAUCACACUCCAGAGGAAGACGUGGCAGAUCUCGUUCCCGCUCGCCUCGCCGCUCUCCCCGGCGCUCCCCACGCAGGUCACCACCCUACCGUCGGCGCCGGUCCCCGUCUCACUCCAGGAGCCGUUCCCGCAGCCCGCCUCGCCGGUCUCACUCCCACUCCCCAGCCAAGCGUAGGAGCAACAGCCGCAGUCGCUCUCGUUCUGGCUCCAAGUCACCCCGGCAGAGGAUGCGAUCACCUUCACGAUCCCGCUCCCGCUCUCGCUCUAAAUCCGGCUCCUACAGCUGCAAGGAUUAAGAUGCAAGGAUGGAGGCGAAGAGCUGUGUGCUACCCCCAUCGCCCGGCAUCAGCGUCUUGGCCUCGAGAUGCUUGACAUCAACAGACCUCCGAUCUGAUGAUGCCCGACGCCUGAUUUUUAAGGUCAAGAUAACGUUUUAAAAUUGUUCACUUAAAAUCAAUAUUACAUAAAGAAUGCAGUGCAUGUUGAAUAACUGUAGGUACAAUGUAAAUGGACAUUGCAACUUCAAAGGGGACUACAUUCGUAUUUUAUCAUCAUAACUAGCUGGAUUAUAUGAAUCUGCAGAGCUGGACAUUGCAUUUGUAUGA